AGAGAGAGAGGCGAGGGUUGAGGGAGAGAGAGAGAGAGAGAGAGAGAGAGAGAGAGACACGCACUGAGUUACUCAGUAGAAGAGAUUUGUUCGCUUUGCUGCAGGAAGCCUCGCGCUUGUCCGGGGAAUUAUGAGGAACCUUUGGAUGAUAUUGACCCUCUGCUUGACGGUCUUUCUUUCCGGAGAAAGGACAUCGGUCACGGCUGCACAGACUUCGUCCUCCACAGAUGAUCUCUACCUGGAGGACCCAGGGUCUGGAGGAUACCCCGAAGAUGACGAUGACUUCAGCUCUGGAUCAGGCUCAGGUGCUGGUGAGGAAGAGGUGAAGAUGGCUACAAAAAGCACAUUAUUCAUAGCACCCAAAGCAAAGCCUACGCAGGACACCACCAAAGACUUCACACUCAGAGUGGAGACUUUCACAGCCCGGGAAUGGGACCACACAAGAGAAUUGCCUAGACACCCUGUCAGGACAGAGCCCCUGGUUCCUGUCACGGAGGAUAUGCGCAUAAAUCCAGUCGCCGGCACCACCAGCUCUCCUCGUUCCCCCCAUGAGCCCUACGAAGUGCACUCAGAAAACCUCUUCCAGAGGACAGAGGUUCUGGCAGCCGUCAUUGCUGGUGGAGUUAUUGGAUUUCUCUUUGCCAUCUUCCUCAUCCUUCUCUUGGUGUACCGCAUGAGGAAGAAGGAUGAAGGCAGCUAUGAUCUCGGUGAGAGGAAAUCCUCUGGAGCGGUGUAUCAAAAAGCUCCUACCAAGGAGUUUUAUGCAUAGACUCCCUUUUCCACAGCUGUCUUGUAAAGCUAAACUUCAUCACUGACGACAACGACUGUCCCAUAUCGCUGACGACGACAAACACGUUCAAGACAAGAUCCAAACUAAGACAGCAACCGAGGAACAUAAGUAACGUAAAGAAAGAUUUGCAUAGAGUAUCGUAAUUCAGACCUUUCUUUUUCUUUUUUAAUGAAAAAAAAAAAAACAAAAAACCAAGCAAUUAUGGUAAAUCUCAGUGUAUUUAAGCUUUUGUUGUGUAUUAUUCGAAAAGGCUGAAAAGUAAAAAAAAACAAAAACAAAACACACACAAUCUGUAAAGGUGAGGAAUUGUCAUCCAUCUUCUGUCAAAGGAGCUGUUUUUAGUCGCUGACUACUUUUUAACUGUAGCAGUAUGUAUUUGUAAAGAAAAAAACAACUUUAAAUCUAAGUGAAAACAAUUUGAAUAGAAUUGUUCUGUAUCAGUCCUGCUUUCUUUUUUUUCAGCAUUAUUUCGUCCUAGCAUGUCUAAUGUUGAUGUAAAAGAUGUAUUUCAUUAACUUAUCUUUUUCUCUGGUGUUUAAAAAUGCCUUUCUUUAUUUUUCACGGAGCUCUGGAUUAACAUUUAUCCUUCAGUGUAAAUCUUGUCCCUGGUUUUGGUUUUGUUUGUUUUCAUGUCCACCUGAAUAAUUUUCAACAUUUAUUUUUUAUUGGAGUAGCUCUAGCUUCGUCUGUAAUAUCGCUCGUGGUUCGGUCGGUAAUUGGACGUAAAGGUGAUAGGUGACAGGACAUGUGUACAGCAAAAUCUACCCACAUAUAGCUUUAUUAUUUAAUGCCAUUCGAUCCCAUUUGUUACGUGGACGUGCUUGUCAGAGUUUGACUCCACUUCAUUUUUCCUCCUUGUGCUAUCGCACGCUGGUUGGACGCUAAUGUCAGUUUAGUUUGUUCUGACUUCCACCUGUAAUGCCUGGAUCCACUAUAAAUUUGCCUUGGAAUCCUGUUCCGUGGGGAUCCAAAUGUUUUUGGCAUUGACAUCAGUCAUAUCACUGAGUUUAUCUUUGUGAUUAAAAGGAAGUGACAUACUGGCGUUUCAGAAAAUACGGUUUAAACACGGUGCGUUUAUACAUACGCUGACGUUCUUUGGCUUUGUGGUUGAAUGGUUGAGUCUGCAGCCCCAAUUAGUUUGUUCCUCUCUCUUGGGUGUGAUGCCUUUAGCUUCUUAACCCUCUCAGCUGUGCUUCAGACACAUGGGUAACUUUUUUCACAUGCAUUCACGCCAAAACAGUUCUGAUCCAAUCAGGUUCAUUUUGUUUAAGAAGCUAUACUUAGAAGUGGAGAACUGCUUCCGUUAAAGGCCCGGCGCUCAUCUAAUAUGAUAAUGAGUCUCGGAAGUUCCUUCUCAGUGGUCGCCCCCCACCGCCCGUCCCUCUGGAAGCCUGUAAGAAUUCGACAGGUCAUGAAGUCGUACUGAGAAGGAGAGCAGAAUGAAGAGGCCCCUGUUUCUGAACACAUCACACACUCUCACUGCAUACUGAACUCCACACAUUCAUGGGCUUUAACUUCCUCUUGCCAGCCCCGUAUAAUAACAACCUCUAUGGCUGAAUAAGCCACCUCAGCUGGACAUAAACACAGAAAGGUACUGCAAAAAAAAAGAAAAAAAAAAAAAAAAGAAAUAAAGGAUUCUUAUAUUGUGGUAUCAUAUUCCAUUGGCCACCUUUGAGUUUUCACAUUUUAUUUGUGACUUUUUCAUCUUUUUUUAUGCUUUCGACUUUUUAAAGACGAGUCCAAAUGCUUAUUCACAUAUUAAAAACUAUAUAGAAUAAAAAUAUAUAAAUGUAUAUUCACAAAAUGUUUUAAACCUUCAAAGUGCCUAUCAUUUGGAAAUGUGCUUGUGUGUGUCUCGGCUGAAGGCAGUGUGUACAUCAGAGUGGCCAGAGCAACUGGUAGCGUGUAAGCACAGCUGACUGUAAUGGUAACCUUUUUUAGUCUUACAAAAUGCAGACAGUAUUGUAAGUUGAAACAACACUACUGAAUAAACAUUGUGGCCUAA